AUGAAGGAGAUAAAUUCAUCAACAGUGACUGAAUUUAUCCUACUGGGCAUUCCUUUUCUUCAUGAUUUACACAGAGUCUUCUUCGUCGUGGGCUUGUUCAUGUAUAUCACAACCAUCAUGGGGAAUGGGUUCAUCCUAGUCAUCGUAGCCAUCGAGCCAAGGCUUCAGACUCCCAUGUACAUCUUCCUGAGCAACCUGGCUUUUCUGGAGAUCUGCUACACCACAACGGUGGUGCCCAAGCUGCUGCAAACACUUUUAGAAAGACGGACCACCAUUUGCUUUCUAUGCUGCAUGAUCCAGGGCUUUUUCCACUUCAUCUUGGGCACUACUGAGCUUUUCAUCCUUACGGCAAUGGCCUUUGACCGUUACUUGGCCAUAUGCAAGCCGCUUCAGUACCCAAUGAUCAUGACGACACACGUUUGCAUUCAGAUGUCUUUGGCCACCUGGUAUUCAUCAUUUAUAAUUAUGUUUUUUCAGUCCCUCAUUGUGUGGAGGUUGCCAUUCUGUGGGUCAAACAUUGUCGAUCAUUUCUACUGUGACAUUGGGCCUGUUUUAAGCUUAGCCUGUGCCGAUACUCACCUCAUUGAGUCUUUGGGAUUGCUGAGCUCUGUGGUAAUUGUUAUUAUGACAUUGAUCUUAACUGUAGUUUCCUAUAUUUUUAUCAUCACCACCAUCCUACGAAUUCCCUCAUCCGCAGGACGUAAGAAAGCAUUCUCCACUUGUACGUCUCACCUCAUUGUGGUCUCAAUAUUAUACGGAGCUAUCAUCUUCAUGUACGUGAGGCCAAACGUGCAUUCCUCUUCCCGCUUAACCAGAGUUGUAGCCAUUUUGAAUACUGUCCUUACACCAAUGCUGAACCCUUUUAUAUACACCAUAAGGAAUUCGGAGGUGAAAGAGGCCGUCCGAAGUGUGAUCCAUAAGAAGGGGUUGUUGAAAGAAGGUUUUUAA